GCAAGGUCUCCGAUAUGCUUCCACGCACAGAAGCUAACUACCACAACUGCUCAACCUAAAUCAACCAGUCCGCUUCCUACAACAAGUUCUUGCAAUGCUGUAAUAAACCAGGACAUCGCAUUUGUGGUGGAAAUAUCAACUUCAACUGGCAAUUUGAAAGCUUCUCAGGCUGCGACAAAAUUCAUUACAAGCUACCUACUGGACAAUCAUUUCGACGAUGAGCAUUCGAACUAUUCCAUCGUUCCAUUUCCCGAUCCUGAUAAAUACGAGAAAUAUUUUAUACCCAUGGAUUUUCUGAAACUCCACAAGGAUGAUAUCAAAACAACUUUCUCAUCAUUGUUCACUGUUUUCCCCAAUUUUAAUGGAGACACUUCCGAUAUAGAG